AUGGAAAGUGAAGUGGAAGGAGAUCAAGCGAUACCAGAGAUACACUUGGUACCUCCUCGGCGGCAAGUUGAAGAUCCACACAGGAAGAGACUCGGUCCAGAAAAGGAAACAAAGAGAGCAAGAGAUGAUGAUGAUGAUUACAAGGCUAAAGUGAAUACACCGCAACAGUCACAGACACACAAGAGAACGAAGAUCAGAGGAAAAGUUGCUCGUGAUGGCUACAAAAGCAAACCACCGGUCAAAAAAGCCUCUGCUACUGCUACGCCUGCAUCAGCUGAAACUUCUUCCGAAGCUAACGACAGCUAUUCUCGCCCAAAGAGAUCUUGCAGAAGAUCUUUAACGUUUUACACUGAUGAUGAAGAAGAAGACGAGUAUCGUGGGCGGACUUUCACUUCAUUGCCAAGUACAAGUCGCCAAAGCAGGACUCAGUCAAAGAAGGAAACACUUGAUAAGAGUCCUAAGGGGAAGACUAUGACAUCUAAUGAUCAAUCUGUCACUGGCAGAGAAAGCUCAACCAUGUCAGUCCGGAUACCAUCUCCAAAUAUCCAGAACUUUCUGUCAGAGAUGCAACCAAGUUUGUGUAGAAAGAAGAGAAGGAACAGAGACCCUGUAGCAAGCAAACUCAAUGCAAGGGUGUUACACCUCCAGUGGCGACGCCAAUAUGCAACAGGUACUACAUCUGAUGAGGAGUUGUGGGAACGGAAACUCUCAGUAGACUCUGUCACCAAGUUCUUCAAGGAGUUAGACAUCAGGAGAGACAAUCCUUGCCUUGCACAUAGCAUGGAAACUGCACUAACUCUACAUGAGGAAGCAUGUAAGAAGCAAAAGGCACUGUACACGAAAGAUGAUGGCUCAAUCAUUCCUUUCCCUGAUGAGAAGAAACAUCAGCCGAAAGUAGAAUUGGAUGAGGAAUCAAUAAGAGUGUGGAACCUCCUGAUGGUGAGUAUAGACAGCGAAGGUGUCGAUGGUUUGGAUGAGGAUAAACAAAGAUGGUGGGAAGAGGAGAGGAGAAGGUUACAUGAACGUACAAACUCCUUUAUCACUCGCAUGCGUCUUGUGCAAGGCGAUCGAAGAUUCUCACCUUGGAAAGGCUCCGUUAUAGACUCAGUUGUCGGUGUUUUCUUGACACAAAGUGUCGCUGACCACUCAUCAAGCUCUGUAUUUAUGGAUAUUGCUGCCGAGUUUCCAAACCCGGUAAAUGCAGUUGCAGCUCCAAGAAGAACACGCAACCCUACUGGCAUCGUCAUAGAUGAGAUUGAUGAUGACGACGGCGUCACUGAUAGUUCCAUCUGUUGUACGUUAAACCAAUCGAAACAGAAAGGUACUUGUAUUGUCUCAACGAACCUAAACGAAGCACCGUUUGAGGUAGAGAGCUGUGAUGAACUCAGAAACAAUGUUGAUGACGGAAGUCAACAACAAGAAGAGAAGAGUACCAUUCAGUCACAAGACGAGGAACCGAAGACAAGAAGAGAGCAGCACACAAAGAUGAAGGGAAAGAAGAAAAAGGGUCAACCCGCAAAGAAAAAGGCAAAGAAGGACCCAAAGAGAGACUUUGAUGACUGGGACAGUUUGAGACGAGAAGCAGAAGCUAGUGGCCAAAAGAGAGAGAGAACAGACAGAACUAUGGACGCUGCUGACUGGGACGCACUGCGACGUGCAGACGUAAACAAGAUUGCUGAUCUAAUCAAAAAGCGAGGGUUGCACGAAUUGCUUUCCCAAAGAAUCAAGGAUUUCUUAAACAGAAUGGUUAAAGACCAUGGAGAGAUAGACCUUGAGUGGUUGAGAAACGUACCACCUCACCAAACCAAGGAAUAUCUACUAAGCAUAAUGGGAUUAGGGUUGAAAAGUGUGGAGUGCAUCCGACUCUUGUCACUACACCAAACUGCAUUCCCUGUUGACACAAACAUUGGACGGAUUGCUGUAAGGCUGGGAUGGGUUCUCUUACAGCCGCUACCCGGCGAUCUGCAGAUGCAUCUACUGGAUCUGUAUCCAGUAUUGGCAUCUGUUCAGAAGUAUCUCUGGCCACGCCUCUACAAGCUUGACCAAAAGACUUUGUACGAGUUGCACUACCACAUGAUCACAUUCGGAAAGGUCUUUUGCACAAAGAAAAAACCAAACUGCGGAGCGUGUCCAAUGAAGGCGGAGUGCCGUCACUAUGCUAGUACACGUGCAAGUGCCCAACUUGCGUUACCAGAUGCAGAGGAGGUAACAAUACAUGCGAGAAGAUCUGCUGUUGUCUGCGAACCCAUCAUUGAAGAACCAGCAUCACCACCGCAUUGCCCAGAUAUUGAGGAUUUCCCAUCGAGGAAUGAAGAUGAAGUUGAUCCUUGGGAGAAUAAGACUAUCAUUCCUACCAUCAUCAUUGGGAACAAAAAAGAUGGACUUUCUACAGUCUUUGAAGCUGGUACAUCAAACAGUUUGGUGGUUCUAAGCAACAAAACAACACCAAUAGCAAGACAGAGCCUAAAGACUAAGGAUAGGCUACGCACACAACACAUUGUGUACGAGCUACCGGACUCUCAUCCCAUUCUGCGUGGGUUUGAGCCUCGAGACCCCGAUGAUACAUUUCCGUAUUUGCUAGCUAUCUGGACUCCGGAGAACACAUGUUUCCCAGGGAAUUCAAAAACAGUACGCGGAACCAUUUUGAUUCCUUGCAGAACUGCAAUGAGAGGGAGAUUUCCUCUGAAUGGCACUUACUUCCAAACGAACGAGGUCUUUGCGGACCACAGCUCUAGCAUCAACCCAAUAUAUGUCCGAGGAGAGUCAUUAGGAAGCCUAUCAAGAGCACUUGUGUACUGUGGAUCCUCUGUUAGCGCUUGUUUUGGAGGUUUAUCAGUGGAAGAAAUUCAAUAUGGUUUCUGGAGAGGUUAUGUCUGUGUUAGAGGAUUCGACAGAAGGACGAGGAAAUCGAAGCCACUUGUGAGAAAAUUGCACUACACAUCCAGCAAAAAGUAG